CAGCAGGGCACUCUCCCCUGGACUUUGUGUCUUCAUCAGCCAACCGGCUCCAUUGGUGUAUUUAAGGCAAACAAAUACGCUGGACACAGGCUCGACACAAACGCUCAGACAGAACCACAGAAAUGAAGGUUUACGUGGUGCUCAUAUUGGCAGCAUUACAUGGUUGUUAUGCCGACAUAGCCCAGCCACAAGUAACACAACUUGACUUGCUGAAGGAUGCAUUCUGGGAUUAUGUUGCCAAGGCAACGCUUACUGCUAAAGACACCCUGCAGAUGAUCAGGGAGUCUGAACUGGGACAGGACGUCAAUGCCAAGAUCACAGAGAGCACAGAUCUGGCCAGCCAAUACGCAGUCACUCUGCACAGUCAGGUGACUCCUCUGGCCCAGGACCUUCUGAACAAAAUCUCCCAGGAGGCCGAGCGAAUGAAGGAGCGCCUGGGGCAGGAUGUGAGCACAGUGAGGGCCCAGCUGGAGCCCUACGCAGAGGAGCUGAGGGCCAACAUUGAGCAGCAGGUGGAGAAGCUGAGGCAGGAGGUGGCCCCCUACACUGAGUCCCUGGACACUGAAGCCCUGAAGGCCACCCUGCUCCAGAAGAGCGAGGAACUGAAGCAGACCCUGGAGCAGAAAGUGAAGGAGCUGCAGUCCCAGCUGGGCCCCUACACCGAGGAGCUGAAGGAGAAAGUGGAGCAGCGUCUGCAGGAGUUCCAGCUGAGUGUGGCUCCCCUGACCGAGAGCCUCCAGACCCAGCUGGCCCAGAGAGCCAAGAUGCUUCAGCUGAGCCUGGCACCCUACGCUGAAGACCUGAGGGAGAAGCUCGACCCCUACGCCCAGGACCUCAGAUCCAAGCUCACCUCUCUUUGGGAGUCCUUUGCCAAGAGCAGUUAAACAUCGUUCCUAACUUUGCCAAAUAAAAAGAACAUAUUUAUCUAAUUUAAUAUUUAUAAAUAUGUGAUUUUUAAGUGCCAGUGGCCAGCUAUAUUCUCUUAGUCACUAUAUGGGUGCUACGUGCUUAUUUAUGUGUAAUGGAUUUAAGGGAAAUGGUUAUUCCAUGGUUACUGCAUAUUGUUACCAGUGUCAGAUAGAUGUUUGGUUUUCCUGCACUAAUGUAUGAAAAUAAAUGUGAAAUUAACAA